CACACCCCGAGUUGCGCGUCACCAUGCAGUUCCCUAUCCUCGGUGUCAAAAAGAACCCACAGAGUCCCAUGUACACGCAACUGGGUGUCUUGACCAAGGGAACAGUCAUUGAGGUGAAUGUCUCGGAGCUCGGUAUGGUGACGGCAGGAGGCAAGGUGGUCUGGGGUAAGUACGCCCAGGUGACCAAUAACCCAGAGAAUGACGGCUGCGUCAAUGCGAUUCUUCUUGUAUAGCGUAUAUUUGUAUAGUUUUGGCGACAUCCUUCCUGCCCACUUCACUGCAUGCGCAUGCCUAGGCGGCGGCAAGCUGCCGUCCUCCUCAGUGUCCUUGCUCUCCUCCUACUGCUACGAUCCUAUGCGCCAGCUAUACGCGCUGGCCUCGCCGUGCAAGCCUUCCACUUGCGCUACAAGCAUCACCACGCUCUCUAUGCGAUUGGCUAUGCUUCGCUCUUGAGCAAAGAACCACUCGUCCAAGUCAUCGGACAAGACGCUUAUGAAGUCGUCUUUGAGCUACGCCAUGAUCGCAGACCCUCACCAGUUGCUCUGCUACUCGGUGACGAUGCCGUCGUCAUGCCAGCCAGACUCGACGCUUCUCGAGAUCACGACACGUUUGUCUAUCGCGCGCUCGUCACACGAACACAUGCUGCUGCAUUCCACUAUCGAGUCAAGGUCGGGGACUGGCUCUCAAAGACAUAUACCUGUGCGAGUUUUGGCGGAGAGACCAAGACCUGGCGUCUCGGUGUCGUGGGCGAUAAUCAAUUCGCAGCAAGUCUUUUCGUGCGCUUACUACGACGUUUGCGCCGACACUCUAUCGAUGGCAUGAUUCAUGUGGGUGAUGCUGUUCAGACUGCUGCGUCUGCGCGUGCCUGGUCCACCGACUUUUUCAUGCCAGUAGCAUAUGCCAGACUCACCAGUCUUGCAUGGCUCAUGGCGCGUGGCAACCAUGAUGCACCGAGCCCCUACUCGUCUGUCGCAACAGCCAAGUUGAUCCUACCUGGCAAUGUCUGCUUAUUACUGCUAGACAGCAAUACUGACCAGGAAAACUGGUUGCAAGAAGCACUCUCCACAAAACCAUGCAUGUCUGCGGCAAAACGCAUCGUAGUCGUGCAUAUCCCGGCAUUUGUCGAGUUUUGGGAACCAGAGGCAUGGACGACAGGUGGCGAAUCGCGAUGGGGUCAUAUUGUCAAGGAACGGUAUGUGGCAUUGUUUGAAAAGUACGAGGUGGACUUGGUGCUUUCUGGGCAUCAGCAUAACUACCAGCGUGGCAAAGUCAAGGGCGUGACAUACAUCACGACAGGUGGCGGUGGUGGCACGUUGGAUUAUGAGCGCGUCGUGCCUGAACAAGCGUCCGUCAUGAGCGUCACUGAACUAGAACACCACUACGGAACACUCGAGCUUUUGCCAGAAGGCGUCCUCUCAUACACCAUGCGAGGAAUGGAUGGUAAAAUUCAUGAUAGAGUGUUUCUGUAAUUAUGCUUCUUGCCUCUUGCCAGCAGACUCCCACUCUUGGAUGAUACUCUUGUAGAAGUCCAUAUUGGCGCGUGCAAAGUCCCGCAUGCUCGCCUUCAUCUCGACGCCUUUUGUACUCUCGAAAAUCUUGACCUCACGCACAACCUCCUCGUCAAAUGCUUCACUCGUAAGACGCGCUGAUUCAACUUCUGACUGUAAUUCAUGCACUUUUGUCUCCAGCUUGCGUAGCUUUUCCUUGCGAACAGCAUCAUGAUUCAAACCACGCA